UUGAUUUUUUGUGGGAAUUUGGUCUUAAAUGUUAUUCAGUGAAUUAUCAGUAAGGUAGAAAGAGGUUUUUUUUUUUUUUUCGAGUGGGACGCAAACUGUAUAUAGACUUCUAGCACUGAGAAGCUUCAAUACUGCAAAGGUAAAGGAUAAUUUUUCAGAGUUACACCACAGGAAGUAAUUUCUUUUCUGUGUUUAUUUGCACAGCAAGCCACUCGUGACCUCGCGUAAGCACAUUUCACACUCACGAGGGUUAUUAAACGGAAACGAUAAAUACAACACUAGAGAAAGCUAAAGUUAAUUGUAUGACUCAUGUCAUAUUGAGUUAAAUAAGGAAACCGAUCGACGUGACGCAACUUCCCGGACUUGAGUCUAGUUCCUUGUGCGCUUCAACAACUUCCCAUAUAAGUGCCAGGUAACUCAACGGCUAGAUUCAAGUUAUUGACAACCAGCAACUGAGGGCAAGAUGACUGUUCCUCUGUAUCUGUUCUUUCUACAUUUAGUUGCGCUGCAAACCUCUGCUGACCUCGCUAUAGAGCAUUCCUUUUUUGCUGCUCUGGAUGAAGAUCAAAAUGUGAAUCUCUACUGGAAUGUUAGCACUGAAGAAAAAGAGAUAUAUUUCACGAUAGAAGCUAAAACGACUGGAUGGAUCGGGUUUGGAAUCUCCAGUGGACAAGGCAAGAUGGAAGGAGCUGAUAUUGUAAUAGGCUGGGUGAAAGAUGGCAAAACUUACUUUAAGGAUAGACAUGCGGAUGGUCGAGUGAUGCCAGAGGUCGAUUCACAGCAGGACUAUGAGUUGAUUUCACUGAAGGAGGAGGACGGAAAAACCAUUAUGAAGAUAAAAAGAAAGUUUGACACUUGUGAUUCAGAGGACAACAAAAUUGAGGCUGGAACGACCAAAGUUAUUUAUGCCUAUCACCCAGAUGAUCCUACUUCAGAGGAUGAAAUUCCAAUGCACAGCCCUCAAAACAGGGGAGCUAGAAGCCUGAUGCUGCUCAACAGUCUUGAAAAAGUGCCAACUUUACCAUCGGACACUGAAACUUUCCUAUUGAGACACAACAGGACCGUCGUGUCAACCAGCCGCACCACCUACAAGUGCCGAGUAUUCGAGAUGCCUAAAUUCAAUGAAGUACGCCACAUCGUAAAGGUCGAACCUGUCAUCCAGGCAGGUCACGAGGGAAUGGUUCAUCACAUGUUGUUGUACGAGUGUCGAGAUGAUUUCAAAAGAGAGUACUUGAACUACUCUGGUGAAUGUUACGGUCCUAACAUGCCUCCGGCGAUCACUCAGUGUGCUGGAUCUGCAGCCAUUGCGGCUUGGGCUAUUGGUGGAAAAGGACAAAGUUACCCUAAACACGUUCAAACACCAAUCGGAAAAGCUGAUAGCCCAAAGGUGCUUAUACUGGAGAUGCAUUACGAUAAUCCUGAAAACAAACCAGGGAUAACAGACAGUUCAGGCCUGAGGUUCUACCACACCAAACAAUUAAGGAAGUAUGAUGCUGGGGUGAUGACGGUAGGAGCAAUGGUCGUAGAUUUCAUGAUAAUUCCACCAAGACAGAAAAGUUGGGAAACCACGGGUGUCUGCUCAAAGGAAUGUACACAAGAGGGAUUUAAAGACUCCACGCUUCCUACAGGAGGAAUAAAUAUCUUUGCUACCUUGUUGCACACUCAUCUAGCAGGCCGCAGAACCUGGCUUCGUCACCUGAGAAAUGGUAGAGAGCUGCCUGAUAUAGUCAGAGAUGAGCAUUACGAUUUUAAUUUUCAGGAAUAUCAACUGCUGCAAAAGGAGGUCCACGUUGCUUCGGGUGACUCCCUGGAAAACGUUUGUAUUUAUAACACAGAGGAUCGGACGACAGUUACAAAGGCAGGACUUGGAACUACCGAGGAGAUGUGUCUAUCAUAUGUCAUGUACUAUCCUAAAGUCAACCUAACAGCCUGUCGGUCCACUGACACCACGGGGUUCUUUUCAUGGCGUGGGAGAUACAUUAAAGAAGGCGACGAUAUGUCGAAAGCCAGUUUUUGGGCUGACAAGGUGAACACAGGGCUGAAAGAAGCAUACCGAGAUUCCAAACAAGUAGACGUCUUUUGUAAUGGUAUCGGAAAUGCGCAAUUGCCGGGUCUUUUUCGUAAGCGAAAACCCAAGCCAGUAAUUACCGUGCCCAAGAAACCUGAGUCUACCUGCCAAACCUCUCAAGGGGUUGAUGAAGAAUCCAUGGGCAAUAGGAUCCCAGUAAUUACCGUGCCCAAGAAACCUGAGUCUACCUGCCAAACCUCUCAAGGGGUUGAUGAAGAAUCCAUGGGCAAUAGGAUCGCCCCAGGCUACCUCAUCUUGCUGAGCUCACUCUUUUGCCUGGCUGUUGUCACCCGCUGACCAAGUAACAUAGGGAGUUUAAGUAACCACCAUGGCGACGCCGAGGACAGCGUCUAUUAAAAAUGUAUUUAAAUUUUAAAUACAAUUACUUUUAAUGAUUGGAAAAAUAUUUAUUUUGUUUCACGAUAGUAAAACAAUAAUGCUUAGUUACAAAACGAUGGUAUAGCUAGAUAUCCUUAGGAACUAAAAACUUUUUAAUACGAAAUCUGAUAGAAAAUCGAGCAAUUUCAGUUUUUAGUGGUUAAAAAUCUGGUACCAGAAUCACUUAAAGUAUUUUACACUUCUUUUUACAUUUUCUUAAAGUUAAAGAUAUAAAUAGUUGUCUGAAAUAACACCGAAAACAAUCUUCCGUGGGAACGAGAGAAAAUGAAUUUGAAAGUUCAGAAAAAUUGUGCAAACACAGGUAAAAUUUCAUCAUAAGUUUCAUUUCACCAGUACUUUCAUGUAUUUCAUACGAUUUUCAACAUCUCUUUUCGACGUUUGGUCUCGCUAGAAAUGAUUUUUUUUAGAGAGGAUAUUUAAACCAGUCGUACAGAAGUUUGCAAUACGAUGUAAAUAAUCUUGGUAAAAAGUUUUGUCCACUUGUUGCUGGAACUUCUGGUGGAUUCCGUCUUAAUUAGGUGACUUCAAAAUACACAGUAUUUUGAAACGCGUCCACUCCAAUGCUGGACUGAAUCAAGCAUUCAAAGAUUUGCAUUAGCCGUUUAGAAACCCAUGUCACCCGGCUCAUUAUUCCUUACUUUAGGGUGUUUAGGAAUAUAAUGUUUAGUUACCACCAGAUUAUGUACACUUUUUUGCGCCUAGGUAGAGCUUAGAGGUUUUUUUUUUUUUUGGAUAUGAUUCUUCAGGGACUGGUCGGUAUUAUUUCUGCCUUUUAAAUUAAUUUAAAUUAAAUGUAUUCUUCCAUUCUCACUCGUCAUCUCAGUCAUAAAAUAGGAUUAAAAUGUACUCUGUAUAAAAAGCAAUACGUUUAUUCCCUUAUUUCUGCUCAUACUGUACAUCUUGCUAGCCUUAUGCCUAUAGUAACCUUGUAUUAAAAUUAACUGUUGAAUUAUUAAAAGAGAGAGAAGAGAGAGAGAAAUAAUAAUAAUAAAAAAGAUUAUGUUAAUUUUAAA